UCGCCACGGCGCAGCGCGCGCCCCACUCGGCCUCGCGGGGUCCCUCUUUUCUUCGGGCUCCUCGAUUAACGGCGUCUUCUGCCAUUGUGGUGGGAGCUGUUUACUCUGGUCCGGACUGCAGCUCGUUCUUCACCCAUAUUUAUGUUCAUAUAUAAAUAUCCGUAAAUAUAGCGGGCUCUUCCUCGCAUCGUCGGGAUAAGUAGCGGUCCGGUGGUGGUGCGACCUGAGCGUGAGAUGAAAUGACAACGUCAACAUUACAGAAAGCGAUCGAUCUUGUGACGAAAGCCACAGAGGAAGACAAGGCUAAAAAUUAUGAGGAGGCCUUGCGGCUGUACCAACAUGCAGUGGAGUACUUUCUGCACGCCAUCAAAUAUGAGGCACACAGCGACAAGGCAAAGGAGAGCAUUCGGGCAAAGUGCGUGCAGUACCUGGACAGGGCAGAGAAGCUCAAAGAUUACCUGAAAAACAAAGAGAAGCAAGGAAAGAAACCGGUCAAGGAAGCACAGAGCAACGACAAAGGAAGUGACAGUGAUAGUGAAGGUGAAAACCCAGAGAGGAAGAAGCUUCAGGAGCAGCUGAUGGGCGCGAUCGUGAUGGAGAAGCCCAACGUCAGGUGGAGCGACGUGGCUGGACUGGAGGGCGCCAAGGAGGCGCUGAAGGAGGCCGUGAUCCUGCCCAUCAAGUUCCCUCACCUCUUCACAGGGAAACGCACGCCGUGGCGGGGAAUCCUGCUCUUCGGACCCCCAGGAACCGGCAAGUCCUACCUGGCCAAGGCGGUCGCCACCGAAGCCAACAAUUCCACCUUCUUCUCGGUGUCGUCCUCAGACCUGAUGUCCAAGUGGCUGGGAGAGAGUGAGAAGUUGGUAAAGAACCUGUUUGAGCUGGCUCGUCAGCACAAGCCGUCCAUCAUCUUCAUCGACGAGGUGGACUCGCUCUGUGGCUCGAGGAACGAGAACGAGAGCGAGGCGGCACGACGGAUCAAGACCGAGUUCUUGGUGCAGAUGCAGGGUGUCGGCAACAACAAUGAUGGGAUCUUGGUUCUCGGGGCAACCAACAUUCCCUGGGUCCUAGAUGCCGCCAUUCGCAGGAGGUUCGAGAAGCGGAUCUACAUUCCCCUGCCGGAGGAGCCGGCCCGAGCGCAGAUGUUCCGGCUGCACCUGGGAAACACCCCACACAGCCUGAGCGAGGCUGACCUGCGACAACUGGCGCGCAAAACCGAUGGCUACUCGGGUGCAGACAUCAGCAUCAUCGUCCGCGACGCACUCAUGCAGCCAGUGAGGAAGGUGCAGUCAGCGACGCAUUUCAAAAAGGUUCGAGGACCAUCCCGGAGUAACAGUGCCGUGAUGGUGGAUGACCUCUUGACCCCCUGCUCUCCCGGCGACCCCAACGCCAUAGAGAUGACCUGGAUGGACGUGCCCAGUGACAAGCUGCUUGAGCCUACUGUUUGCAUGUCGGACAUGCUGCGCUCCCUCGCCACGACGCGUCCCACUGUGAACACAGAAGAUCUUCUGAAAGUGAAGAAGUUCACAGAGGAUUUCGGACAAGAAGGCUGAGUCGGUGAGGUUACGUACCUCCUCCCCACCCCGCCCUGAACUUCAACCUCAACGCCUGUGCCCCACCCCCCCCCCCCCCCCCCAAUCUUGGUAACUAUCUCGCUACUUAUCCGGACUCUACCAUCUAGCAGCUACUACGACACUACUAAUAUGGACGUCCAGUUAUACGAUGUUAUUCUGGAACUGUUCCGACAGCCACGCUGCGCUCAGCUAGGCGCCUGUAGCUAAAAGCCUUGAGGUCAUUUUCCUUAUUUCUUGAGCUGCGCCGCCACUAUUAUUUAAAAAUUGGCUUUGUGCGCGUGUGCGUGAGGGAGUGUAUCCGUCAGCUCCUAGUGGUUUGUCUCCAUGCAAGCCAGUACGCAUGAACCCUACAGACUGGUCCAGUUUACGCACAGAUUGAAGGAUUUUUUUCCCUCCAUAAGAUUAUUUAUUGCUAAUUAUUUAUUGCUCAAAACUGAUAACCCACAAGCAUCAGUCAGUGAGGCCGCACUUUUGCCACAUGCAGUAACAUGUAUGUAUUUGAUUCUUUUCUGCUCGCCGUUACCUGAACAAAAUGGAGCUGGCAGUAUGAUCAAAUGUGUGAGAUUGUUCUCAUGAGUAAAGAGCUGGACCUGUUGGUCCCAUUUUAGUACCAAGACAGUGUUUUUGCUAAUAUUUUAAGAAAAAAAGACCUUCGAUCACGGAGGAGUGGAAGCUUGAGAAGCUCUUUCACAUAAUGUAAGACAUUGUAAAAGAUGGUAGUUAAAAGUAGAGCCGAUUCUUCUGCAUCAUCAUCUUAAGUACAGUUUUGAAGUCCUUUUAUCCAGUUGUUAUUGCUGUACACAGAUUAACAAUGGUGUUUACUUGCAAUGUCUAUUGCUCUGCUAUAACUCUUUGUCGUUAAAUCCCAUUUGGAUUGAUCUUAAUAAACCCAAUACAUUUGACAACGGCCAGUGAACUA